GUCCUAGUGAUAAUCUUACCUCUCGUUGAGAUAUGCCUGGGCUGUACUAGCGCGGAGCAGAACGUAGACUGCAUCAUGUUAAGCUUUUGCGCAAUGCUUGCUGUGCUGAAGAUAAUACAGUUCCGCAUUUAUGCUAACAACUUAAUUAACAACUAUAAAUCUGCUCUAAACGAUUAUCUGACCAUUGAAAAUGUAGAAGAACGUAGCAUUAUGCGAAAACAUGCUCUUGCAGCAAGGAUGGCUUCAUUUCCUCUGCUGAGCUUCUCUUAUUUUAUUUGUAUGAUGUAUACGAUAACAUCUUUUAUGAACCAUGACAAAAAAAAUCAAAACAUUACAGACGAGGAAAUUAUAUUGGAGUAUCCAAUACCAUCAAAAUGCGCUAUGAAAUAUUUUCAUGCUCCAAUAAGCAUGUACAAAAUAUUUGUCAUCAUUCAAGCAAUUUCAUUGAUAGUAGUGACUAAUGCUAAUCUCGGUAACGAUGCGCUAUUUAUCAACGUUACAUUACAUGUUUGUGGUCAAAUGAAAAUUCUAAGAGCUCAUUUUACAAGCUUAGAUGUUACAUGUCCACAAAUCUACGAUCGUUUUAACAAACUUUUACAGAGGCAUAUUUACUUGAUAAAAAUGACCAGGAAACUUGCCGAUGUUAUUAGUCUUAUUUUAUUAGCGGAACUUUUCAUUAUUAGCAUAUAUAUAUGCAUAAUGGGAUUUCAGUUUAUCAUAGCAAUGAAAGACAAAGAUACUGUUAUGAUUGGACAAAGUUUAAUGGCACAAACUGUUUUUUUAGUAAAGCUAUCAGUGUACAGCUUUAUUGGAAAUUAUCUGAAGUCCCAAAUGGAAGAUAUAGGCUACUCUAUUUAUCAAAGUUCUUGGCAUGAAUUUCCUAUUAAUCUGUCGAAAAAUCUAGUCUUCAUCUUUAUGCAGACAGAAGCUCCAGCUAUGUUUCAAGCUGGGAAUUUUAUUGUGUACGGCAACUGCGAUGACCUGCAAUAUAAAGAAAAAAGUGAGUUAUUCGCUGUGUAUUUUUACUUCGGGCAGAUUGAAUCUAUACUAUUUAAUCGAACGGAUAUCCUGAUGGAAUAAAAUGUAGUAUAGAUGCGUAUGAGCAAAACGCGCACACUGUUUUUUCUAACAUUUUACCCAGUAAAAAGAAACAGUUGCCAUGGACGACAACAAUUUAGAAUCUGUCAUAUGAAUUUUUAUUCAACAA